UUGGUAUCUGAACCCAGGGAGACACUUCAGACGGAAGCUUUUGAACAUUUUUUUCGAAAACGAAACACAAUGGACCCGAUCAACGAAGAAAAUAUUAAAAUGUAUUUUUAUAAGAAUAGACUGAAAACUUUCGAAGGCUGGCCUUUCGACGAAGACUGCGCGUGCACUCCGCAAAACAUGGCAAAAGCUGGAUUCAUUCACACCCCUUCAGAUAACAGUCCAGACAUUGCCAUGUGUUUCUUUUGCCUCAAAGAGCUGGAGGGUUGGGAGCCAGAGGAUGACCCAGAAAAGGAGCACAAAUCUCAUUCACCAUCCUGCCACUUUAUCGCCUUGAAGAAGAAAGUAGAAGACCUGAAUGUGGAAGAAUUUUUCAAGCUACAGAAAGAGAGGCACAAGUUCAUCAUUAACAAAUCCUGCAAUGAUGGCAUCACCAAGUUUGAGGAGGCAGCGAAAAAGAGAAGAGCAGAUAUCAUUAAGUCGGCCAUGGGUGAAGAGUGAACUGAAGAUAAAGACAGAUGAAUGAGAGUGGUGUAUGACAGAUUGUUUUGUUGCUGAUGUGCAGGUCCGUCGCUGUAAUCUGUUCAUUUCCAGAGGUCGUUUAUAAUGUCUGUCUUUUUAAAAACAGUGUCUCUGAUCUGUCCUGUUUUCUGUGUCAUGUAUUUCACUUUUUCUUUAUAUUAAACUUGUC